CGGCUCCGCACCGCGCCGGGCGCUGCGCACCGAGCCGCGGAGCCGCCGCCGCCCCCCGCCUCCGCGCCCUCCACCCUGCCCGCGGGGCACGGGAGCCGGUGACGGGAGCGAGGCGGAGUCUGGAGGGAAGAUACCGAGAGAUAGAGAUUUAAAUCACAUCCCCGGCUGUAGAAGGGGCAGCAGCAGCAGCAGCCCCGGCGCAGAGGUACGGACGCACGCGCCGAGACAGGUCUGCCGGCUCCGCCGCUGCUGCUGCUGCUCAUCAUGGGUGCCGCCGCCGCCGAGCCCCCCAGCGCCAUGGGCCUCGUGUCCAGCGUGGUGAACGACACCCUCGAGUUCUACCGCUGGACCUGGAGCAUCCGAGACAAACGUGUUGAUGAUUGGCCCUUGAUGCAGUCUCCAUUUCCAACACUGACUAUAAGCACUAUUUAUCUCCUCACUGUCUGGCUGGGCCCCAAAUGGAUGAAGACGAGAGAGCCCUUCCAGUUACGCUUCCUGUUGGUUGUUUACAACUUUGGAAUGGUUCUGCUCAACUUCUUCAUUUUCAAAGAGCUGUUUUUGUCAUCAAGAGCUCGAGGGUACAGCUAUGUCUGCCAGACUGUGGAUUAUUCAGAUAAUGUUUAUGAAGUUAGGAUAGCUGCUGCUUUAUGGUGGUAUUACGUCUCUAAAGGAAUCGAAUAUUUGGAUACAGUAUUCUUUAUCCUGAGGAAGAAAUUUAACCAGAUUAGUUUUCUUCAUGUCUAUCACCAUUUCACCAUGUUCACCUUGUGGUGGAUUGGUAUUAAGUGGGUUGCAGGUGGACAAGCUUUUUUCGGAGCUCAAAUGAAUGCAUUUAUUCAUGUCAUUAUGUACAUGUAUUAUGGAUUAGCAGCUUGCGGCCCUAAAUUUCAGAAGUACCUGUGGUGGAAACGAUACUUGACCAUAUUGCAAUUGGUGCAGUUCCAUGUGACUAUUGGCCACACAGCCUUGUCUAUUUAUAUUGAUUGUCCUUUCCCUAAAUGGAUGCACUGGGGUGUCAUUUUCUAUGCUGUCACCUUCAUUUUCCUGUUUGGUAACUUCUACUAUCGGACAUAUAAACUGCCCAAGGAACCUGUAAAGAACGGAAAAAUAGCAAAUGGUGCUGUUGCAAAUGGAGUAAGCAAACCAGAAAAUAAUGCAGUGGUGGAAAAUGGAAAAAAGCAGAAAAAGGGAAAAGCAAAAGGAGAGUAACUUGAUCCAGGCCUUAACCAUUGUUGGCAGUGAGGAACCUCCGGUUUGGUUUAUAAAAGGAAGAAAAAAACACUAUCUGUACCAAUUAACCUUAGGUUACUGAAGAGCUAGAACACAGAUAUUUUCAUUAUUUAUGAAGAUUGUUUUAAGAACAACACUAAAGUUGAAUUUCUAUUGUAAUUAUGUAAUUAUCAUGCAUAUGGUCUCUGUGUAAACUUGUAGACUGCUGGUGUUGGUGAAUGUAAGGAAGAAUUGCAGUUGAUUCCAUGUUUAGCAGUCCAAAAGUUAAUACUACCAUUGGUAAAGGCAGUUUUGUUGGCACCCACAUUUCUUUGGGGGGGAGGGGAAGGAAGUAGAGUUUGGAUACUUGUGUUUUCCUUCCAGAAAAUUAUUAAAUUUCAAAUUAUGAUAUAUUAUCUAAUCAGAAUGUGCAACUUUUCUUGUCCUCCUUGGAGGGUAUCUUCAGACACAUUAUGUGCUGUCAGAACAGUGUUUGAAUUUUCAGACAUUACUUGAUUUAAUUGAGUAUCUGUUACAGUUUGGUUUUUGUUUUAUUUUUUUUUUUGUGUGGAAAUAUACCUACCUCUUCAUCUGCUGAAAAGAAUAUUGAGCAUUAAAUAACUGGUUUCUGAAA